AUGGCCAAUCUGCCUUCAAACGUCCAUGUCUCGCAGCAUCCCAGCCUGCUGGCCAAGCUCAGCCAACUGCGGUCCCAAUCCGCCAGUCCCCGAGACGUCAAGUCCUUGAUCCACGAAAUCUCAUUAAUCAUCGCUUGUGAAGCCAUCAGCUCCGCCAUAAAACCAGUCGAUGGCCCCAAGGGCAAAACCCCCCUAGGCUUUGAAUACGCAACCGUCGUCUCUGAGCCCAGUAAUAUCUGCAUAGUCCCAAUCCUGCGGUCUGGCUUAGGCAUGGUUGAAGCUGUACAAACCAUGCUCCCAGCCUCAGUACCCAUCCACCAUCUCGGCAUGUAUCGCGAGCCCUCGACUCUCGACCCUGUCGAAUACUACAACAACCUCCCCCGACAAAACUCCGCCUCUGGCCCCGAAGGCAGCAAGCUCGCCAUCAUUGUCGACCCCGUCAUCGCUACUGGCGGUACGUGCGCCGCGGCCAUCCAGACCUUGCGCGAGUGGGGUGCCAGGAGGAUCCUUGUCUUGUCUGUCCUUGGAGCUGCAGAAGGUGUCCAGAAGGCUGCGGCGGAGUGGCCUGAGGGUACGGAAAUCUGGGUUGCAGGUGUCGACAAGGAAUUGACAGAUGGCGGCAUGUUGAAGCCCGGCCUGGGUGACGUUGGAGACCGCCUGUUUUUGACUAUUGGCAAAUAA